ACGAUAACAACACACAUUCUUUUCAACUUAUAUUCUCAUUCUUCCUUCCAUUUCAUCUCUUCUUCUUCUUCUUCUUCUUCCUCUUCCUCUUCCUCUUCCAUCUUCAUCUUCAUCGAGAUGAAAUCUCCCGAUAUGGCGGCGGUUACUGAUUCUCUUGAGCAGUCUUUCCGUAACUUCUCUCUCAACCACCGUCUAGCCUCAGCUGCCGCUUCCUCCGCCGGAGUACGGAGGUCGCCGUCGUCGUUUUCUUCUUCUUCUUCAUCCUCCGAUGACGAACCUCAUCUUCCUCUUCACCAACAUAAUCAAUUCGACACAAUCUUGGAGCUCAACUCUCACAUCUCCCUCCCUCCUUUCUGGGAACAAUGCCUCGAUUUGAAGACAGGGGAAGUCUACUAUAGAAACUGCCGGACCGGAAUGAGAGUAAAGGAAGAUCCGAGGACAGCGGAAGCACACAGCCGAGAUUUAUACUCGGAAGACGAAGACGACGACGAGGAUGGUGAUGAGAGCUCGUCCGACGGCGGAAGUGAGGAGUCGUGUUCUUCGUCGUCGUACGGUGGUAGUAGACGUCAAUACCCGGCGGAAAACGUGGAGGAUGUGCUGGUGGUGGCCGGAUGCAAGAGAUGCUUCAUGUAUUUCAUGGUGCCGAAACAAGUCGAAGAUUGCCCCAAAUGCAGCAGCAGUCGUCUUGUUCAUUUCGAUCGCUCCGACGAGAGUAAUGGCUUCCCAUGAACGAAUGAACGAACGAACCACAUUUUUUUUUUCAAAAACAGAAGAAAUCAAACUGUAUUUGGGUUAAUUAUGACAAAAUCAUUGAUUCUUUUUCUUUGGAUUAAUUUGAUGAGGAAAGGGUAAUGGGGUUUAAUUCCUUAGCUGGAUCAAUGUAUGAAUCUCUCUCUA